AUGGAGAAAAAACAACUUUUAAAUAUUUAAUAUUUAAGAACGAUUAAUUAAAAGUUUCCUUUUCAUUAAAGUACUUAUCAAGUAUUGGAUAAUCCUUUUGAAGUAUAUCUCAAUAAUAAAUUCUGGAAAUCUUAAUUUGCUAUAAAGGAGCAAACAGAGCUCGUUCUGUUUAAAAUGCUGAAAGUAUAUUAAGACCAGAAAUUACGAAAAAUUAUCAAUAAUAUUAUAUUAUAAUGA